AUGUCAACACAAUCAUGGCCUUCAGUCACACCAGUGCACAUAUCAAAAACCAUCUCGACACCGCAAACAACUCCAUCUCCCAACAAUCCACUUCCACAACUCCUGCACACACCCUCCGGCCUCGCAAUUCUCGAACUCCAAGGAACCAUCAAUUUUCCCGUCCUCCCUGCUACCGAAGACUCUUCAACGCCCUCACCAGCAACAGAAGUGGGUCGCUUGGUAUUUCCUCACUACACAGAAGGCAUUUCAGACCCUAAAGGAGGUGCUUGGAUGAAAAAAGUCUACUUGUAUAUUGGAAGGCAUCAGCGUAUGACUGGCGAAGUCAAGAAACUUGCCAAGCCGUUGGCGGUGUUGAGGAAAACUGAGGGUGAGGAGGGAGGUAAGGUCGAGGUGGUGGAGAUUGUGAGGUAUAAGAUUUUGUUUGGGAGUCGACCGGAGCCUGUUAGUGAGGACUGA